AUGUAUUUCGUCUGCCCAAAGCACUGCCACUGCGAAAGAGAGGUGCAGCCUCCUGCCCCUGCUGCGCCGCAGCUGUCGCAGCCGGAGCUCUCCGAGCUGGACCAACUGGGCCUCCAGGAAGCCGUUUUGGAGCGGCUUCGCUCACUCUGCGACAAAGAUGUCGAACCCAAGGUUCUGGCUGAAUACAUCGUAGUUCUGGCACAGAUGAACAAAGGCCCGGAGCACUUGUCGGGUGAGUUGGAAGCUUUCUUUUCGGACAAGGCUUCGCUCCACUCGUUCGUGCGAUGGGUGGAGGACUGCAAGUAUUCGUUUCUUCCUGGCGGACAGCCUGCAAAGCAUCGGAACACGCCGAUGCCCAAUGGCAAAGGUUCGCAGCCAGCCGACUUUUGGGGUCCAGCCCCUGACACAUCGAACGGAUCGCGCUUGGCAAGCAAGACCGCGGAGGCUUCGCCUGUCGGACCAAAGACUGUCCGUCGUGGCAACUAUGGCACUGGUCCUCAUGUGGCGGUCACUAGCAGGGUGGUGCUGCAGCCCAACCCCAACUUCGAUGCCGGCCCUGUGAAGGCCCCGACGAGUACAUCAGUCUCGAAGGUUGCUUCGAAGGCGCAACCAACGCGCUCUGUACAACCCACUAUGCCACCGGCGCACAGUGCUGGAGCCCAGAAGGUUCAUCUGCUGGGAGACUUGACCAAAACCUUGCAGACAAUUCUGACAAAAUUGCAAGACAGAGAGCUGCCUGACAGUCAGCGCGAGCAGUAUCAGGCCAUGGCUGACAAGAUCCACCUCCGGAUCAAGGCCAUCAAUCUACCCGGUGCAGCUCCCGCCUUAAUUUCUUCACUGCCACUGCCUCUGAAGCACAGUUUGUACGACACGACACGUGUACCUAGGCUGCGCCUGUCGGAUCGGGCAAGUCCCUUCUUCUUCGGAAGUGGGGCUGAGGCGGGUGUCCAGGACAAUCUAGUGGAGGUGGUACGCCGGAACCCUGCGGCAGCCUCACGGCUCCUGUACACCACGGCCUUGUUCAGCUCUGCUGGUAAUGCCGUCUCUGCUGGCAGCUGCUUUGCGUUCUUGUGGAUUCACUGGCAACUUUGUGCCACGUGUGAUCGUCCUCUCAGGUGGUGGCUUCUUCUGCAAGCCUGCAUUCAACUAGUGCAGAUGCCCGUCCGUAUAGCGCUGCUCUACUGCGUGUGCCAGGUGGAGGAGUCGGGGACUGGUUUGGAGGACUGGGUUGUGCAGCUGACAUCUUCAAAGGCAUGGCGUCUGAGCAAGAACCUUGCGAUUUUCCAGUACGGCUGGUUCGUGCUGGGCAUGGUUUGGUGGAUGCAUACGGACUCCUGUCCAGAUUGCCCCGCAGUCUCAACUCUGACAGCAGCCGUCAUGUCACUGUCGGCAGUGCGCGCAACCUUCGCGAUUGCCAUCUUUCGAGCACUCUUCCGCGACGGAGAUCUUUCUGUCCAGGAGCCCGCUGCUACGGGGGCCACGCGAGAGCAAAUCAGCGCUCUUCCUGCAUUCCGCUUCACAAAAACCCUUGGCGACGACCAGGAUGCUCCAUGCUCCAUCUGCCUCUCGGGUUUUGCAGACGGCACGCUGCUUCGGAGGCUGCCCUGUGGCCACGAGUUUCAUCGUCAAUGCAUUGACAGGUGGCUUCGGCGCAACAAGCGCUGCCCCUUGUGCAUGGCUUCGAUUGAAUGCUGUCCUUUGCGACAUCGCGCCCCUGAGCAUUGA